AACUUCAGUGAGUCUCUGCUCUGAUUGGCUGGCGCCUGUCGGAUAAAAAGGGCUGCGCGCAGCGCACUGCUGAUUGCAUCUGGGACUCGAGCUUUUUGGGGGGAGUAGAGUGGAGUGAACUGCAAAAACCAGAUAUGACAGGAAAAGGACUCGUUCUUUCCGACACUUUGAACAAACAGAAAACAAGUGUGAACCAGCAGCCGUUUGCGGUGUGGAAGAUGGGCCCCGCGGCGCCACGGCGCACCGGCUUCGGCAUCCAGGAGCUGCUCGGCCUCAAUAAGGAGCCGCCAAGGCGCCCGCUGGAGGUUUUACCGCUGAGGGCGCACGGGCUGGCCCCCAGGUCGACACUCGGACCCGCUGCAUUCGGGAUCGGCGUGGGACUGCUGGCGCCGGAGGGGAUCCACUCGUUUUACGGUCAGCCGGCGUUUCUGGAGGCGCUGUCGGAGGCGCGAGACGCGCACGUGGACGCCCCUAUGGAUGUGCGGCACUCCGACACCUCGGAUUCUGAUGAUUUGAGCCUUUCCUGUACUGACAGAAAGUUUUCCAAAUCAUCCAUGAGCAAGAAGAGAAAGAAAAGACGACACAGAACCAUUUUUACCUCCUAUCAGUUGGAGGAGCUAGAGAAAGCUUUUAAUGACGCUCAUUAUCCAGAUGUUUAUGCCAGAGAAAUGCUCUCCAUGAAGACUGAGCUCCCAGAGGACAGGAUACAGGUGUGGUUCCAAAACCGUAGGGCCAAGUGGAGGAAACGGGAGAAGUGUUGGGGCCGUAGCAGUGUGAUGGCAGAGUAUGGCCUUUAUGGCGCCAUGGUCCGUCACUCCAUCCCACUCCCCGAGUCCAUCCUCAAGUCUGCUAAAGAGGGAGUCACCGACUCGUACGCCCCAUGGUUACUAGGUAUGCACAAGAAAUCUAUAGAGACGCUGCACGCCUCGCCCGUUAAACCCCGCGACACACGAACGCCCACGCAGGAGAAAAUGGUGGACAGAGGGAUGGAGGAAGACAGGGAGAAGCAGGAAGAAGACCUGGAAUCACCCUUUUCUAAAGAGGAACUGAGGGAGUAUAGUAUUGCUGCACUCAGAGCGAAGGCGCAACAGCACAGCGCUAAGAUGCUCGAGACGGUUUCCGACAGACCUGACGGCCUCAAAACACACAAAGAGGAAAGUGAGGACAAAGUCACACGGCAGGAAAUGGAGGAGAAUGUCUAAAAUCAUUACUUUUAUAGACUUUAUCUCACUGUGUGGCGAAACAUUUCAAAGGAGGAAACGCUUCGUGGCCUGAAAAAUGGAUGUUUACGUCGCCAUGCUACAACCAAGAUUCAAGUUAAGCUUGUUGGAUGAACUGCAAAAUAGAUGAAAAGCUGUUUUGUUUCAGCUGUUCC